AUGAUACUAAACAGUUUGGUUGGUUCGGAGGUCAAGGCCAUGGGCGUAAAGCCCAGUCGGCGCGACUAUCUGCGGAGAAUCCUCGCUUCUAUGCGACUGGCAGGAGGGUUCGCCAAAUUGAAGACUCCCGCUGGGAGAUGCUGCAAGCUUGUGGACCCAACUGCGCCACAGGAUGUGAAGCAGGAUAAGAGCCACGCGUGCGACGGGGUAUGCGAAGUCAAGCCUAGCGUGUCGCCGAAGAGCCCGAUCUGGAACAUAGACAGCCCUAGGGUGAGUCUCGCUGCAAAGCGCCAAUUCACGUCCUUGCAGAAAAAGACACUCGUACUAGACCUGGACGAGACACUCGUGCACUCGUCUUUCGACGAUAAGGGAGGACACGAUGUAACCCUCUCGCUGCAAGGAGAGAGCAAGAACAGGCACGUGUAUGUCAAUUUGCGGCCGUUCGCUAGGGAGUUUGUCUCUGCCGUCACCCGCAUGUUUGAGGUGGUCAUAUUCACCGCGGCCACACCCGACUACGCAAACCCGGUCAUCGACCUCGUAGACUGUGAGAGGCGUAUACGCGGGCGAUUCUUCAGAGACUACUGCACGCACUGGAACGGGUGCUACAUCAAGGAUCUCGACAUAUUCGACCGCGACCUCAAGGACAUCGUCAUUAUCGACAACACACCCGUGUCGUACUACCUGCAGCCGAACAACGCGAUUCCGAUAUCGUCGUGGCACGACAACCGCAACGAUCGCGAGCUCGUUCAGCUGCUCCCGUUUCUGCGGAAGCUGUCCACGGCGAGCGACGUUGUACCGCUGCUCAGCGAACGGUACCCGUCUAACGAGCUCAACUCCGACAUUUCGCGGAGGCGCGCUCAGUACGACCACCUGUUUCCUAUACAACACUACUAA